AUGGUUCACUCCCUGAGCCCCUGCACCGACGGCAGUCCCUCCCCCUGUGGCGUGGCCGUGCCCCAGCCCGUGGCCGACUCCUGCAACGAGCCCUGUGUCCGGCAGUGCCCCGACUCCACGGUGGUCAUUUACCCUCCUCCCGUGGUCGUCACCUUCCCUGGGCCCAUCCUCAGCACCUUCCCACAGCAGAGCGUCGUGGGCUCCGAGGGAGUCCCUGCAGUUGGAGCCGCUGUUGGGGCCGGUGUUGGAGCUGGUGGCUACUCCUCCUGCAACUACGGGGGUCUCUACGGCUACCGGGGCUAUGACUGCGGGAGCCCCUGCGGCUACCGGAGCUACGGGGGCCUCUACGGCUCCCGCGGCCUCUACGGCUUCGGGGACCGCUACGGCUACGGCAGCUUGUACGGCUACCGGGGCAUCUUCGGCUCCGGGGACUGCUACGGCUCUGGGGGGCUCUAUGGGGGCUACCGGGGCUUCUACGGCUCUGGGGACUGCUAUGGAUACCCCGGGUUCUACUCCAGCCGCUACGGGUACCCCUUCGGCUCCCGCUACGGCCAAAGGUUCGGCUUUGGGGGCUGCUACAGCUGCUAA